GUUAUAUAUGUGUCCUUCACAAGCCUCGAUGCCCAACUUCUGCAGUGGAUUGGUCAUUUGCCAUUGACUAGGUCUCACGAACAAACCGGCUUGUCCUCUGACUACCCGCUACCAAGUAUGAUCCAGCUCCCUUUCGACAUAUGCCUUCACGUUCUCCGGCAUCUCCCAGUUUCCGAGAGUCCUGACGGCCCUAGGACAUUGGCAGCAUGUCUUCAGGCAAACUCUCUUCUUCGAGAAGCAGCGUCUCAAUCAUUUCUUUGGGAGGCUCAUUACAAAGCUCGUUACAAGCUCUGUAACCCCGAUAAGGAGGCUGCCCGCCUUCAGCAAAGCCAUGGAGAUUGGAGUGUCAUGUAUGGCUUUCGCUCUCGUUUGGAUGUUCAAGCUAUGCGUCUCCUGGGCGAUAUUGUUUGCCAUAGGGAUGGCCGCCGCCAUGACUGUGCUUUGAAGCUGGCUGUCGACCUUUCUUACGACGUAUGGGACGCUAUGGAGUAUGAGGCCCGUUGUCCCAUUCCAGCAGCCUUUCGUCAGAAUGAAGACGCAGUCGUGGACGAUUCACAGGUUAUGCCUCAUGCCAUCACACGGCGGUACUGGGCAAAGGCAGCUCUAGGGCUCAUAGCACGUACCGCUGCUGUCAGAUUGUGGGGGAGACUAUCGGAACCCUCGGAGGAGGAUGAGGCCUCCUUUGAGACUGGUUUCGCGUCACUGUCAUCAUUCUUUGGACAUCCUCCAGCAAAGAUAUCAAAUGAGCUUGACUCGAUAAGCGAACGGUGUCGCGCAUUCAUAACGUCGGAAACCAACCUUUCUUUAGACGCUAAUGCACUCCAAUCCAAGUCGGAUAUCCUGAAGAAUCUUUGCAUAGCCAUAUGCGACUUCAUGAGGAAAGAAGGGUUUCAGCCCGCCAACAUCCGGCGGUUCCAUGAUGUUUACAAUCGCUUCCCGCAUUUUUUCCUUAGCUCCCACAAGCCUUCUAUCCCCUUAUCGCUGGUCUUUGUGUUUGUCUGCAUAGCGCGGCGGCUAGGGAUUCACGCUUCCGCAGUAGAUUUCCCUGGUAGAGUGCUCGCCCAUGUUAGGUCACCUCAUGAAGAGGUUACCGACAUCUUUGUGGAUGUCUUCGGUUCCGAAACUCAGGCUAUUCUGUCCGUUACAUUGGACAUACCUCGCCUGCUCAUGGAGUCUGGAGUCCUCCCUUCAGCAAUGGAACAGUACAUCUCGCCUGCUCGAACUCAUGCUAUGCUCGUGCGCGCCUCCCGAAAUAUCCUUGCCUCUUUCUCCGUCUUACAGACGGAUAUGAUGCUCUCAGAGGCGGACAUACAUACCGCAUUUUAUGCUGGUCUAACGGUUAAUCUCCUGUUCACCAGCGAUCGUCGCUUUCUGUUCAACAUGAUGCGGCACAUUGACCGUUUCCCACUCGAUAUUCCUGCAGUGCUUGUCAAGUCGCUCGCUCCUGUCUUAAAUUCGAUAGCGCGGAACCAGCUUCUAGAGAUGACGCAGAAGGCCCUCGAAGCUGAAGAAGAAGAGAACUCGCAGGUGCAUCUUCGGUCUGGAGGAGAAGUUCAAAUUCAGUUCUUUGUUGGCACCGUUUUUCGUCACAAACGGUUCGACUACAUCGGCUACGUCAUUGGAUGGGAUGCAAAGUGCAUGGCGACAGAGCAGUGGAUAGUACAAAUGGGUGUCGAUAUGCUGAGUCGGGGGAGGCAUCAACCUUUUUAUAAUGUUUUGACUCAGAAUGGUUCACAACGUUACGUCGCUGAAGAGAACAUUCAACCGAUUGGGCUUUCCGGUACGGCUGUGCGAGACAUAUUUGUGGUUGCCCCGCAAGCGGAACGAUAUUUCGAGGAUAUUGAAAUCAGAGGCAAGACUCGGUUGAUCCCGUCGCCAGAGCUUCGUGCCGCUUAUCCUGAGGACGAAGAGGCUGCUGGUCUGUUUAUAGCAGAGGACCCACUUUCCGAAUCGUCUCAGUGUCAUAAUGUGAUAUAUGAUAUUCAAGAAACUACACUGUAA